CUUAUCAACGGAGUCCAACCAUGCACAAGAGGGUCCAUUCUUCACAUGAAGCUUGAAGCAAAAUUGUCAUCAGAGGAAGUGGAGACUGGUGGGAAAGUGUUUUCUUACGAGACUUGUGGUAAAAACCCACUGAGCGACAGAAUCUACACUUAUGCAAGAGACUGCAUACGUGUACAUGUAGGCCUACUUGUGUAAAACAAUAUUUUGCAAGAAUUGUUGUAAUAAGGCCUGUGUUAUUAGAGGGGUCCAACCAUUAAGAGGGUGGAUCCACAGUGGUGAUGAAAAACUAUAUGAUUAUGAGGCAUGUGGAAAAGCCUUUUCUCUAAAAGGACAUCUAAGCAGACACGAAAGGAGGUACAUAGGUGAGAGGCCAUAUAUGUUUGUGAGACCUGUGGUAAAUCCUGUCUCGCUAAGGUGAUCUAAAUAGACAUAAGAAUGUACAUCAAUAAGAAACCAUUUGUUUGUAAGACCUGUGAUCAAGCCUUUUCUGUCAAAGGUAGUCUACAGGUACAUGAAAGGGUGCAUACUGGAGAAAAACCAUUUGUUUGUGAGACCUGUGGUAAAGCCUUUCGUAAGCAAUGUCAUCUAAAAUACAUGAAAGAAUACACAGCGGCGAGAAACCAUUUGUUUGUGAGACCUGUGGUAAAGCCUUUUCUGACAAAGGUUAUCUACGUAGACAUACAAAAAUACACACCGGUGUUAAACCAUAUGUUUGUGAGACCUGCGGUAAAGCCUUUUCUGCCAUAUGUCAUCUACAGGGACAUGAAAGGGUGCACACUGGAGAAAAACCAUUUGUUUGUGAGACCUGUGGUAAAGCCUUUUCUGUCAAAGGUAAUCUAAAUAGACAUGAAAGGGUGCAUACUGGAGAAAGACCAUUUGUCUGUGAAAUCUGUGGUAAAGCCUGGUCUGGCAAGGGUGAUCUCAAUAGACAUGAAAGGGUGCACACUGGAGAAAAACCAUUUGUUUGUGAGACCUGUGGUAAAGCCUUUCGUAGGAAAUGUAAUCUACAUGGACAUGAAAGCGUGCACACUGGAGAAAAACCAUUUGUUUGUGAGACCUGUGGUAAAGCCUUUCGUAGGAAAUGUUAUCUACAGGGACAUGAAAGGGUGCACACUGGAGAAAAACCAUUUGUUUGUGAGACCUGUGGUAAAGCCUUUUUUGAGAAAUUUAAUCUAAAAAUACAUGAAAGAAGACACACAGGUGAAAAACCAUUUGUUUGUGAGACCUGUGGCAAAGCCUUUUCUGUCAAAGGUGAUCUACAGCGACAUAAAAGGGUGCAUUCUGGAGAAAAACCAUUUGUUUGUGAAAUCUGUGGUAAAGCCUUUUCUGUCAAAGGUGAUCUAGAAAUACAUGAAAGAAAACACACCGGUGAAAAACCAUUUGUUUGUGAGACCUGUGGUAAAGCCUUUUCUGACAAAGGUAAACUACGUAGACAUACAAAAAUACACACCAGUGUUAAACCAUAUGUUUGUGAGACCUGUGGUAAAGCCUUUUCUGUCAAAGGAAAUCUACAGAUACAUAAAAGGGUGCAUACUGGAGAACGACCAUUUGUCUGUGAAAUCUGUGGUAAAGCCUGUUCUGGCAAGGGUGAUCUCAAUAGACAUGAAAGAAUGCACACCGGUGAAAAACCAUUUGUUUGCGAGACCUUUGGUAAAGCCUUUCGUAAGAAAUAUCAUCUAAAAAUACAUGAAAGAAUACACAGCUGUGAGAAACCAUUUGUUUGUGAGACCUGUGGUAAAGCCUUUUCUGUUAAAAGUACUCUAAGUGGACAUGAAAAAAUACAUAUCGGUGUUAAACCAUAUGUUUGUGAGACUUGCGGUAAAGCCUUUUCUGCCAAAUGUCAUCUACAGGUACAUGAAAGAGUGCACACUGGAGAAAAACCAUUUGUUUGUGAGACCUGUGGUAAAGCCUUUUCUGUUAAAAGUACUCUAAGUGGACAUGAAAAAAUACACAUCGGUGUUAAACCAUUUGUUUGUGAGACCUGUGGUAAAGCCUUUUCUGUUAAAAGUACUCUAAGUGGACAUGAAAAAAUACACAUCGGUGUUAAACCAUUUGUUUGUGAGACCCGUGGUAAAGCCUUUUCUGUCAAAGGCAGUCUACAUGUACAUGAAAGGGUGCAUACUGGAGAAAAACCAUUUGUCUGUAAAAUAUGUGGUAAAGCCUGUUCAGGCAAGGGUGAUCUCACUAGACAUGAAAGGGUGCACACUGGAGAAAAACCAUUUGUUUGUGAGACCUGUGGUAAAGCCUUUCGUAGGAAAUGUCAUCUACAGGGACAUGAAAGCGUGCACACUGGAGAAAAAACAUUUGUUUGUGAGACCUGUGGUAAAGCCUUUUCUGUCCAAGGCAGUCUACAUGUACAUGAAAGGGUGCAUACUGGAGAAAAAACAUUUGUUUGUGAAAUCUGUGGGAAAGCCUUUUCUAACCAGAAUGAACUUACUAGACAUGAAAGAAUGCACACCGGUGAAAAACCAUUUGUUUGUGAGACCUGUGGUAAAGCCUUUUCUGUCCAAGGCAGUCUACAUGUACAUGAAAGGGUGCAUACUGGAGAAAAACCAUUUGUUUGUGAAAUCUGUGGGAAAGCCUUUUCUUACCAGAAUGAACUCACUAGACAUGAAAGAAUGCACACCGGUGAAAAACCAUUUAUUUGUGAGACCUGCGGUAAAGCCUUUUCGUUCAGUUAUAUUCUAAGUAGACAUGAACGAAUUCACACCAAUGAGAAACCAUUUGUUUGUGAGACUUGCGGUAAAGCCUUUUCUGACACAGGUAGUCGAAACAGGCAUGUAAAAAUACACAUCGGUAAACCAUUGUUUAUGUGA